AUGGGCCGGGCUCUACUGGGCUGCCAUACCCAUUCCGUUUUCCCUCCCUCACCCUCCAAACGGCCCCUCCGGCGACGCUCGGAGGCGGGCGGCCCGUGCUCGAAGAAGAGGAAGUCGGCGGCAGAAGGGCGCGGCCCGGAAGCUACGGCGGAUCCGCCGCUGGAAGCAGCGGAAGGGGGCGGGGCCGGCGACCGCAUCAGCGGCCUCCCCGACGGCGUCCUCGGGGACAUCGUCUCGCUCCUCCCCACAAGGGAAGGCGCGCGCACGCAGAUCCUCUCCUCCCGGUGGCGCCACCUCUGGCGCUCCGCUCCGCUCAACCUCGACCAUCACGAGCUCUGCGACAAGAAAUACCAGCUCGAUUCCGUCGUGUCGCGCAUCCUCGCCACCCACCCCGGCCCCGGCCGCCGCUUCUGCGCCACCGUCUACCACCUCCACCGCGACCGAGCCGACGCCUGGCUUCGAUCCCCUGCCCUCGACAACCUCCACGAGCUUGAGCUCUGCAGCUUCAAGUACAAGUACAUCUUACCAUAUCCACGGGGAAUACCGCAGCCGGCUCCGCCGCCUGCAGCGGCCUUCCGCUUCUCCGACACCCUCGGCGUCGCCACCAUAGGAGAGUGCCACAUCCCUGACAGCAUGGCCCAAGCGCUUUUCUUCCCUAAGCUUAAGAAGCUCGGGCUUGAAAAGAUCACCAUAUCUGAAUCCACACUGCACGCCAUGAUUGAUGGCUGCCCCGCUCUGGAAUGCUUGCUGAUUUACCGCUGCUCUGGCUUCCGUUGUGUCCGAAUCAACUCCAUCAGCCUUAGAGGCAUAGGUGUGGAAGCUUAUUGGGGAGAGCUCAUCAUAUUAGAGGAAGUCAUCAUCGAGAAUGCCCCUUGUCUUGAAAGGUUGCUCCUAUUUGGCUCAGCUGAAUCCCGGCAUAUAUCGGUAAUCUCCGCGCCUAAAUUGGAGACCCUAGGCUGCCUAUCUUCCUAUUCUAGUAACACAUUCACGCUUUACUCGACAGUUAUUCAGGGAUUGCGUGUUGAUAGCCUGACGAAGACGGUGUGCACUGUCAAGGUUUUAUCUGUUUGUAUGGGUGCUCUUAGUCUGGAUGUUGUUAUUGACUUGAUGAGAUGCUUUCCUUGUUUGGAAAGGUUGUACAUUGAGUCAAUUAAGCCAGGGAAAAAGAAUUUGUGGCGCCGUAAACACCAGAAUCUAAUAAGAUCUCUUGACAUCCGUCUGAAGACAAUUGACUGGCGAUAUUAUGUGGGCACCAAGUCAGAUGUUGACUUUGCCACAUUCUUUUUACUAAACGCGAGAGUGCUAGAGUUAAUGACUCUUCAGGUUUAUCAUAGUAAUUUCAAAGAGGAGUUUUUUACACGGCAACGUGAGAAGCUUCAACUGGAUAAGAAGGCCUCAGGAGGUGCUCGGCUUCAUUUUACAACGGAUCAUUUUCAUGGCAGUUUUACGGAUUUCUGUGUCCGUGAUUUGGAUCUAGCUGAUCCCUUUGAAAGGAAUUAUCCGUACCAAUUUCAUGCUUUCUCCUAA